CACACCCCCCCAAAAAACCCUCAGCUGUAAUUCUUCUCGCUUCCCACGCACAACUCGCUCGCCAUGAAGACCCACGUCCUUGUUGCCGCCAUGGCCGCCUCUGCUGCCGCCUCGCCCUCGCCCGUCCAGAAGCGCGCCAUCACCCCCAUCACUGUCAAGGGCAAUGCUUUCUGGGCUGGCAAUGAGCGCUUCUACGUCCGCGGUGUUGACUACCAGCCCGGCGGUUCCGCCAAAGCCGCCGACCCCAUUGCCGACGCAGAUGGUUGCAAGCGCGACAUUGCAGAGUUCAAGAAGCUCGGCAUCAACACCGUCCGUGUCUACACGGUGGACAACAGUGCUAACCACGACACGUGCAUGGGUCUCCUCGCCGACGCUGGUAUCUACCUGGCUCUCGACGUCAACACGCCCAAGUACUCGCUCAACCGUGCCCAGCCCCAGAAGUCGUACAACAAGGUCUACCUGCAGAGUCUCUUCGCCACCGUCGAGAUGUUCGCCAAGUACGACAACACCCUGUUGUUCUUCUCGGGUAACGAGGUCAUCAACGACGACAAGACGACCGACUGUGCUCCCUAUGUCAAGGCUGUCACUCGUGACCUCAAGUCUUACAUCAACGCCCGUGGCCUUCGCCAGAUCCCCGUCGGUUACUCUGCUGCCGAUGUCGAGUCUAACCGCUACGAGAUGGCCGCCUACAUGAACUGCGGUGACAACUCUACCCGCAGUGACUUCUUCGCCUUCAACGACUACUCGUGGUGUGACCCCUCUUCUUUCACCACUUCCGGUUGGGACAACAAGGUCAAGAAGUUCUCCAACUACAGCCUCCCCAUUUUCCUGUCUGAGUUUGGUUGCAACACCAACAAGCGUACUUUUGAGGAAAUCAAGACCCUCUACAGCAGCCAGAUGACUUCGGUCUACAGCGGUGGUCUCGUCUACGAGUACUCGCAGGAAAGCUCAAACUACGGCCUUGUCGAGAUUGACAACGGCCAGGUCAAGGAGCUCGCCGACUUCCAGGCCCUCAAGAGCGCCUACUCCGGCACCCCCUCUCCCCAGGGCGACGGCGGCUACCGCGCCUCCGGCUCGCCUUCUGAGUGCCCCACGCAGUCCAGCACCUGGGACGUCACCCUCAAGGCCGACCAGCUUCCUGCCAUUCCUUCCGGUGCCUCUGACUACUUCAAGAACGGUGCCGGCAAGGGCCCUGGUCUCACCGGUGACGGUUCCCAGGAGGCCGGUUCGUCCGAGUCCAACAUUGCCGACGCUGGUAACGGUGCCGUCACCACUGGUGGUGUAAGCCCCAGCGGCACCAGCACCCCCAAGAAGGGCGCUGCUUCGUCUGUCCGCCCCAUGGACUUUAGCCUUGCUCCUCUGGUCGCUGGUGCCGUUGUCCUCGCUUCCUCGCUCUUCGGCGGUGCUCUUAUCCUGUAAGAUAGGCCUCGUUAAUCCAGGAUUCGUGUGUGUGUGUGUGUAGUGCCUCUUUCUAUUCCCCUCCCUCCCUUUUCCUCCACUUCCAACAACAUCUGAGCCCAUCGGGGGGUCAUCCCCGUAAAGACGGUGGUCUCGCAUCACUGUUCAUGCAACGACCCAGUGCGGGCAACGUUCGAUCUGGGAUUAGACACACGGACUACUUGUUUCUUGCUUUCUUUCUUUCUUUUCUGUCAAAACCAUGUUCGGUCUAAAGCGAGGCAAAAUCUUUUUCUACUUUUUUUUGUUAAACCCCAAGCUAGAUACUAGUUAGAGAGAGUUUUAUACAUACGCUUGCCCGAGAGAGAGACAGACAAGGGGCGAGAAAUUUUGAUUGGCGAAAACUUCUUCUUCUUCUUUUUUGUCUUUUCUCUUUCAAGAAAGAAUAACGUGCUUGUUCCGCC